CGACUAAUGAAUAUGAUAACUAACAAAGAAGUGUUCAAAACAGAGAAGUUGCUGACAUAAACUACAGAUAAUGAAGGGAGAAGAAUUACAGUUCUAGUGAUGACAUGAGCUUUCGUCGAAAGUAAAACAGAAUUGUUGAACGUUUUUGAACUGGCCAAAUUUCUGUAAAUUUCUUGGUUUCAUUGUCCUGGCCAAGAUUUUCAAAGGAGACAUACUUUUCAGAGCACUUGGGAUGAGAAUGUUGUCAUGCCAGUAGUGAACAAGCGAGCUGUUGAGUUUGCCCGAUUUGCUACAAGUAAUGAUAACGUUUUUCGGGCAAAAUAUUUUUUCUUACAUCUCUAGAUGAAGGAAAAAGACUUUUAGAAAAAGUUGAAAGAAAAGACGCACGUGGCUUACUCUCACUGGUUCGACCAGAAGGCGCUUUAAGACAGAUAAAUUGGCUCGACGACGUGUCCGUUCAUUACCUGUAGUUUAUGCAAGGGGGAAGAAGCAUACUUCUGUACUUCUGGUACUUCUCCGUACUUCAGAAGUACGGAGAAGUACAAAAAAGUACGAAGAAGUAUCAAGAAGUACGGAGAAGUACCGAGAAGUACAGAAAUAUGCUUUUUCCCCCUCGAGUUUAUGUCAGCAACUUCUCUGUUUUGAACACUUCUUUGUUAGUUAUCAUAUUCAUUAGUCGAACUGUCAGAUAUUUCAUGUGUGUGUAAGUUUAUGUGAAAAUAAAAGCGUGAAAACCCCCUUUAUCAUCCAUAUGAUCGAAAAAUCUCAAGAUCUUUAGAGUUAAUCGGGCUGAAACCUUUUGGUACAGCUACUCAAUACUCAGAUCUAUUUGUGGAAAAGUUUUGAUUGAUCAAAAAAAAGAAAAAAAGUCGGUAAAUUUUAGUUUUUAUUAUGCAGAGUAAAAAGAAUCCAGUAAAAACUGGAUAUCUCAAAAGGGAAGGACGAUGAGCACGAAAUGUUUUUUAACUUUUUCUAGUCUCAUCGAGGUCUUCAUGCAGCCAAAAGAUAGAAUCAAAAUACUUUUCGAUAACAGUAUACAGUUUUCAACGUUGUAAAUUUUUUAUUUAGAUUCUACUAAUGCAGCGCAUAUACAUCGUGAUGGUGCUGCUAAAAAAAGAUCACUUUUUUCUAACGAUAAUUUUUUGUCAUAUGUUAACAAAAAUGAACAACAACAACAACAACAACAAUACCUUGCCAAUAAUCAUCAGUUGAAAAAUGAUCAUUCCAGACGUGAAAUAUUACCUUCAGAACACGAUGAUAUUUAUAAACGAUUAGCAUCACCACGUUUAGGGAAGAGAGCAUCAGAUUCAUCUGAAUAUUUUAGUUGGGCAAAUAAAAAUGAUCGUCCAUUAGAAUAUCUUCGAGCAAAUGCCGAUUGGUACCCCUUGCGCACCAGUGCCGAUAUAUUUCUGCCGAAAGAGUACCGCACUGGUAAUUUAUUUAAUAAAUUUAAUUACAUUAUGGUUGUUUAUGCUGAAUUUUAA